CGUCCCCCCACACCGCCGGGUUCCUGCUUUGGGCAGGGGGACAGCGCUGCCCCUCCACGGCAGCCGGGGGGGAUGAGGAGGGUCUGUCCCCCCCAUCUCUCCCUGUACAGCCCCCCCUCUCUCCCGGUGCGUUCUGAGCCGUGGCUGGUGGCAGCCGUUGGUGCAGCCGUUGGUGCAGCCGUUGCCUGGGAACAGCAGUUGGAUGCAAACAGAAGCGGGGACCGGUGUGACGGACUCCCUCGCUGUCACCAAGAAGAUGGAAGGAUUAUCAGAGGAUGCUGCCAGGGAGAAGGAAGGAGCACUGGAGGAUGCUGGAGCAGAUGCACCGUUGGGUCUCCUGUGGUCUCCUUCAGGGAUGGGGAUCCCAGGCACCCUGCCCGGCACCUGGGCUGGGAGGCAGGAGGCGGCUGGCUUGAGGACUGCCCUGGGAGAAGACACAACUGGGACACCACACGCAGAGGGUGCUGGACCCCCUGGACCACCUCCAGCACUGCCUGAGCCCAAGGGGGCCAUUUCCAGCCCUUGCUUGGGCCCCGGCCACUGGGAGCAGGAAACACAGCAGAGGAGCGGGGAGGACGACCAGCGUGACGGCUCUGCCAGCCUGGUGUGGGCGGCCGCACCAGGGAUGCUCUUCCAGAAGGAUGAGCAGUCCGGCCUUCAUCCCCUCAGCCUGUCCUGGGUGCUGGGCUACAACAGCAGCCUGGCCGUGCACAGCCUGAUGGACGGGGAGGACCGGGUGCUCCUGUACGUCUCCUCCCACACGGUGGUCAUCCACGAUGUCCUGGGGAACAGGCAGUACCACCUGCAGGGCCACGCGAAUGUCAUUUCUUGCCUGUCUGUGAGUGAAGACAGGCGCUGGGUUGCAACCGCCGACCGAGGGCCAGAUGCUCUGAUCAUCGUGUGGGACUCCUUCUCCAGGAUACCGGUGCACACCAUCUUUGAGAGUCAUCCAGAGGAUGGGGUCAGUGCUAUUGCUCUUUCCCAGGAUGCGAAGUAUUUGGCAACCAUUAGUGCGGGUACAGUGCAGAGAGUUUGUGUUUGGAAGUGGACUUUGCCCACAGAGAAACCCGCGUGCAGCACGGAGCUGAGGCCUGAGUUUGGGUAUCAGGAUUAUAUCAUUUUUAACCCCCAAAAUCCCUAUGAAUUAAUCAGCAACAGCAAAACCCAGGUGAUAUUUUACCUGUGGGGCGAUGCCGGGUUGCAGUACAGUGCACCGCUCCUGAGCAGCCAGACCUUCAACAGCGUGGUGGGACGCUUCAGCCAGUCGGUUUUUCAUUUUAACAACUCGCAAGCUCUGACGGGCACCUCGGCUGGGAAGCUGGUGGUGUGGGACGUGGCCUGUCCCCGCGCUCCCUCCAAGGAACUGCGGGCCAAGCCGCACAGCGUGAAGGCCACCAAACUGGUGCCCAUGCAGAAGGACAGCCUUACCGUGCUCAUGGUGUUUGAGAGCUGCAUAGUAACAGGCGAUGUGAAAGGUCAGGUUAAAUUCUACGAUGGACACCUGCAUCUCCUCACCUGCUACAGCCACAGCAAAGUGGGUCCCAUUCAGUCCAUCUCCUUCUCCAAAACCCCUCCUGAUCCUCCUGGUGCCUCCCCAGCCUGCUCCACCUCCUGCACCGCCAGCAGCCAGCCCUUCGUUGCCAGGAACUUUAUCCUUUCAACCUCUGAUGCAACCGUGCUCCAUGUUGCAACAGACAGGACAAACUUUGAAAAAGUCCUGGAAGAGGCGAAGCAAGCUGUGAAUGCCAUUGCCUGUCACCCCCGGCAGGCCCUCGUUGCUGUGGGGAGUCACUGUGGGCUGCUGAAGGUGUGGGACUACCAGCAGACCAAGUACCUCGUUAGCAGGAUAUUCACCCAGGCUGGCAUCCAGUGCUUGUCCUACGACCCUGAAGGUUAUUUUCUGGCCGCUGGUUUUACUGAUGGAAGCGUUUACAUCCUCGAUGCUAUUUCCCUUCGGUCCAGCUGCAAAGAGUUCAAGUUCUCGCAUGGUCCUGUGACUCAUGUUAGCUUCUCUCAUGAUUCGGAAUACCUUGCAACUGCCGAUGAGAAAUACUCAGUGACUGUUUACAAGAGAGCCCUGCAAAAUGGGAGCAGAUGCUGGGAACACCUCGCAGGGCUGCACUCCCACUACAAACCCAUCCGCAGCAUCCUCUUUGGGGUCCAGUUAGACAGCAACGAGCCCAGGCUCCUCAGCCUUGGGGAGGACCGGCAGCUGGUUGAAUACGACCUGAACAGCAGCAGCAAGGAUCACUUGGUGGUCUUGCACAGGGACCGGGUAGAGCAGGUUGCUGUGCCCCUCUGCUUGGCCUGGUACCCACAGCUCAGCACCGAGUCCUUCAUCCUUACUGCCAACAACCACUACAAAAUGAAGCUCUACAACACAAUGACCAAAAUGUGCAGAAAGACCCUUUUGGGACCAACCUAUGGCUCCCCAUUGGAGAAGAUACAAAUCCUCCCAGCAACUAACACCACGGACCCCCAGAAACACUACCUGGUGUACAUUACAAAGGACAAGGUGGGCUUGCAGAUUUUACCUGUCGAUGGCAACCCCCACAAGUCCUCAGCUUUCAUUUGCCACCCGGAUGGUGUCUCUGACCUCGCUAGCUCCUACGAUGGACGCUACAUCUUUACAGUGGGAGGGAACGACUGCACUGUUAUGAAAUGGGAGGUCAACCUAAAUGCCUUGGAUGCUGCUGCUUCCCUGGGUGGGGAGGACUUGAUCCCAUUCUACAACCUACUGGAUGGCGGCAGAGAGGGCGAAUUCUUCAGGGAACUAGAAGACUAUUUUUACUAUGCACAGCUGCGCAGCCAUGGUAUUGAUACACUGGAGACCAGACAGGUGUCAACGCAUAUUCCCUUGGAGGAAAUUCCUUCUGUAAUGAGAGCGAUGGGAUUUUAUCCAUCAGAGGAAAAGAUUGAAGAAAUGAUAAAUGAAGUAAAAUUCAGCAAGUAUGUGGAUACAGGAGAACAAGUGACAAAAAUCAAUUUAGGGGAUUUUAUCAAACUUUAUAUAAAUCAUCGACCUGCGUUUGGCUUGUCAAUGAAAAACAUACAAGCAGCGUUUCAGGUUCUUGGUUACGAUAAUGAGAAUGGAGACAAAGUUAUUGACAGAGGAGACUUACUGUUGCUGCUUCAGCGCAGAGGAGAGCAUAUGACAGAGGACGAGCUGGCGGAGUGUCUGACCGCCCUGCUAGGCAGGCGCCCUGGGGGAGGAGGAUCUGAACCGGACACCUACGAUCCCUCAGGUGCAGCAGCUUUGACUGAAGAAGAAAUUCCAGAGGAAAUCACAGCAGAGAUAUUUGCUGCUGACAUUCUUGGCUUGCCUAUUGCUGAACCAGAAAAAAAGAACAGAAAAAAGAGGUGAAUCUUUGGUCUACAAGGACA